AUGACUAGUGUAUUAUGUAUGUCCCUUGUUAACAUUAAUAAAAGAAAUAAUGCUGGUAUACGAAAUUUAGCAAAUGUAAGAGACAUUCAACAACAUUCAACAACCAUACCAUCAUUUGGUAAGAAUAAAAAUAAUAUCACCAUUAACUCAUUGCAAUCAUCAAUCGUUGAUAAUACAUUAGAAUCAAGUUCUGGAAGUUUAAUUUUUACUAGUACAAAUGACAGUGAAAAUUACUUUACAACCUCAACUUCAAAUACCACUAUUACUAGUAGCUCUAUCAAUAAUAUUAUAGAAAAAGAUUCAUUAUUACCAAACCCAUUUAUUACAACUGUAACUACUGAUAAUAGUAAUAUUAAUUAUAAUCCACAAAUUGAAUCUCAAGAAUUAGUAAUCGUAAGUGAUAAUGAUUUAGCAAUAAUAACAGCGACUGAAUCACAAUUAGAAAGUGUAGAAGUUGGUAAUUCAUUAUUGCAAAGAAGUCAACUAUUCGAAAGUUUGGCAAUUGCAACUUCAAAAAUGACAUUUAUAAAAGUUGAACCUGAAAGCGAUGAUGAAAUUACAACUCCUGCUACCCAUGGCCAUUUUUUAAGAAAAAGAACCAAGCGUAUCAGUUAUCCAAAGGAUUAUCCAAGUAAUAGUACUGGUAAUAGACGUUCAAAAGCACAUGCUCAACUUGUUAGGCACGAUCUACGUUCUCGGAAAGUAUUAGAUAAACAAUCGAAUAAACAAAUAUCGGUUCCCAGAACUCCACCUAGAAAAUCUACUAAUAAAAAGUUACCACAAAAAUCACCCGCCAUUUCAAAACAAACCAAUCCAAGAGCACCAACUACACCAGUUACUAAAACAAAACCUAGCCCAAAAACUCCAAAACCAAACCCCCAAAAAAAUAAACGUAAAAAUAAUGAGGAUCGAGAAUGGCGUCCUGAUAGUGAGUCAGAUCCUGAAAAUUUGUCUGAUCAAGGGUCUACUGCUGGCCCUAAAUCUACUCUUAAGACUCAAACAAGAACCACAUCGACUACUACUUCAAAAUCCGUUACUGCUAAACAAUCAACCCCUUCAGUAAAUCUAAGACCUUCAAACCCAAUAAGAACUCCACCUAAUCAAUUAUCAAAAGAUAAUGGAGGUACAAAGAGGGGGACUCGCGUAAAAAGAAAAGAAAUUGUCAAUAAAGAGUUGUCUGGGGUUGAUAAUAAUGAUAUAGAAAAAAUUGAAAUUGAACAACAAUUUUCUAUUACUAGUGAUACUAAUACCAUGGAAUUAGUUGAUGCCGAAGCUUAUGAUUCACCAGAAGCAUCACUUCCAAAAUCACCUACCACUACCAGAAAAACUAGUACAUCAAGCCCAGAACGUCUUAUUAAAUCUAGAAGAAGAUCAACUGUUGUUAUCAAUGAGCUAGACAAUAAUGAAUUCGAAGAAGAAAAGGAGACAAUACCAGUCGAAUCACCACAAGAUAAUGUCACUCCAAAAAAAUCAAGAAUGGCUGCUACUAAGAAAAGCAGUAAUAAAGGUGUUCGUAGUAGACGAGGUGGUAAAACCAAAAGUAAUAUUAAUACUACUACUGAGGUUGCUGUUAUACCAAAUAAAGAAACUCAAAUCGAGCAAACGACAUCAUCACCAUCACAAUCUGAUUAUGAUGAUUAUGAUGUUGUAAAAAUUUCAGCAGAAAAUCCAAAUGCAUUAACAAAUGUUAUUAAAAGUGUUCGUCGUGGACGAGGUGGUAAAACCAAAGGUAAUAUUGAUAGUACUACUGAGGUUGCCGUUAUACCAAAUAACGAAACUCAAAUCGAGCAAACUACACCAUCAUCAUCACAAUCUGACUACGAUGAUCCCGAUGUUGUAAAAAUUUCAGCAGAGAACCCAGAUGCAUUAGCAGGCGCUAUUCGUGCCUUAACUUUUCAAAAUUAUGAUAUUGUGCACACUUCAGCAAACAUUAUACCAAUAAUUCAACCACAAACCACCUCUAUUCCACGAUCUAUACGUGUAAAACCAUCGCCAUCAUCGUCGUUGUCGUCAUCGCCGCCAUCCACUAUAAAAUCGAAUAGACCUAAAACUUCACCAUCACCAAAUGUAAACUCUUCGGCAUGGGAUGAUAAUCAUUGGCAAAUUUUGAAAUAUACUUACUUAGAAAUUAGAAAUAAUUAUAUUGAAAAGGGUAAAAGUGGAAUCCAUAAUGAAGAUGUAUAUAAGGAAGUUAUCAAAAGUUUUCUAAAUAUUAGACCUCAAUUUGAGGAAUCUGAAAUUCGAGUACGAAUGAUAGCGUUAGAAACUGUAGAAAUUGAAAAACAAGGAAAAAGAAAUACUGAAAGAAGAGGAAGUAUAGAAAGUAGUAGCUCGAAAAAUAGUAGAUUUAGUGCAACUCGAUAUAAUUCCGCAUAUUCAAAUAUGCGUAACACGCACAACAAUCCACGUAAACGUAAAAAAAUUGUUAAAGCCGAUCUAACUGAAGAUGAUGAUUUGGAUGAUAAUAGUGAAGUUAUGGCUGAAGGCAGUAAACGUCGACGUGGAUUGGAUUCGGAUUCUAUUUCCGAUGUUAAUACAACAGGACAAAAUACUCCACCUAGGGCUAAAUUUUCAAGUUUAUUUGGAUGGUUCGGAAAACGGACUACUGAUAAUGCUUCACAAAUAUCUGCUUCUGAUAUUGCUGCUGAACAAAAUGAAAAA